GUAGGAUGUGACAUUCACCCCGUCCACGGUGUUGCUGCUGCAUCCUCACGCAGUGUUUCUGAUCACGUCUUCACCUGUGAUAUCAGCCGGAAAGUAUCUUAUGAAGAGGUUCCUGGUGACUCCGGAUAAAGCUGAAAAUAUAAUAAAACAGAAGCUCUUUGAGUAAAUGAACAACUCACUGCAUGACGGCCAAACCAUUCAAGUGAUUCAAUACAAAAACGUUCUCUGAACCACCACGACACGGAUCAUUUACAUCCUGCACUUUGACUGAUCUAUGGAACAUCUUCAGCCACUCAACUGAGAUUUAUACUUCACUUUUUAAUCACAAUAAAUACCCCUUCAAGGUUGCAAUUGGAUGACACUUAAAAUAUUGACAAACUCACCUCAGCUUUUGUGUUUUGAGCUUCUCUUUAGAGCAACUGAGCCUUUGCAGGAGAACAAGAGCGGGACACGUGGACACCAAUCAGUCUAAUUAAACCUCACUGAGCAUGCCUCAGCUUGCUGCUCACUUCACCAGAGGGCUUAUUAAUUAGCACUGCUGAUUUGCCCCUUAUUUCUGCUGGAACUAACACAUAUCUUUGCCCUGCUUGCGGGAAACACUGGGGUUCAGUUCAAUCUGUUGACAUCUCCAAGAUUUCACUAUGUGAUCUCCGUCUGGCUUUAGACGUCACACCCAAUAACAAACAUGACCCUGCAGUGCCAUGCCAUUCCUCAGAGCUUCUGACUGCAAAAUACAACUUCAAAAGUCAACGAUUUCAACCUUCACAUUCCCUCACUUCCAAGAUGAGUGACUCCAACUACUGGGUUGUGGACUAUGAGCUCUCCUCCCCUGCUCCGCCCGGGUUCCCCAGGGGCCCAGCGGUGCUGCAGCCCAUGGCAGGGCAACCCGAGCAUGGAACGGCCCUGUGUUUCGUUGGCCUCCUGGUACUGCUGCUGCUCUUUCUCGUUGUUCGCUGCAUCCGUAUCUUGUUAGAUCCCUACAGCAGCAUGCCGGCAUCAUCAUGGACGGACCAUAAGGAGGGGCUGGACAGAGGGCAGUUUGAUUAUGCAUUGGUGUAAAGACGAGGAUGAUUGGAGGACAAGGAGAUGGAUGUGUAAAAGUUCUUUUGAGGUGAUUGGUGCUGAUUGGUGCUGUUUGUUGCAUGCCCUGCUUGAAGCUUAUAUUUCCAAAGUUGCAGCUCCUGAAAAUUAAAGAAACUGCAGUAUGUUGUUUUGUUGGGGUAAUCCAAGCUGUCAAGAUAACAGCUUAAAAACCAUUAAACAGUACCUGUAUAAGGAUUAAACGCAGCAGGGCAGAGAGAAAAUGAGCAGACACACCAGAAGUCUUGCAUCCAUUUUUAAUUAACAGUAAUCAGUAUUAUUGGAGACUUAUGCUGUGUACAAUGUUACGCUGCAGCUUUUAGAGUGACAAACACUGCAGGAAGACAGUGAUCACUAUCGCAGCAUUACGUUUAUCAUGCCGUUUUGUAAUUCUAUAAUGUUUUUACAAAUCCCAGGGCUGAAGAGAGCAGCUGCAAGAGAAGUCCUGAUUGAAUAAAAGAGAAAAUUAAUUGAGUUUAGGGCAGACAUGGAAGUAAUUUAGACAGAACUAAUACGUGCUGUUACUACAGAUUUAGAGACAAGACUGCCAACUUUUUAUGUUGAUUUACUGUUAAAAAUGUAAAAAUGUCAGUUUUCCUUUUGCAUCUGAGCUUUUUAAACAUUUAGAAGAUGUCAUUGUAUCUCUGGAACUGGAAACCUAUUUUUAUUUAUUUUUAAUGUGAACCAUGCGAGGCAUUUGUACCACCCCUAAGGUGAUCCUCAGGUAAGAUUAUUUUUAAUUAACCAAAGCCUCUAUAAUUUGAGGGAAUCACUUUGUGUUUUGUAUUACUCUAUUUUCUUCAAAAUUCACUGUGUCCUAAAUUUCAAAUUUAUCCCGUAAAGUUUAUAAUGCAUAACACAUUUUAUUUGGGUUUUUGCAAUUCCAUGUCGCCGUCCCUUUAAGAGGCUUAUGAGUAUUAGUGCGGAGGUUCACAGCGCUGACUGAAUAUGUGUCAUAUAAAGUUAUGAUUAUGAAAUGCAUGUACACCAAUUUCCUCAGCCUAAUCCUUUUUGCCUUUAGGUCCUGUCCAGUGCACCAGCCAAAUCUGUUCAACAGUGCCUGUAGGAAUGUGAAAAAAGCUAAUAUCUAUUUCAUACUAUAGAUGUUACUGCUCCUUUAGCCACUUGUUUUGUAAUAUUGGUUCUGCCCUUAUUAUACUGUCCUUUGAAAUGUGGCUAUGAACAGCUCUUUAUAACAAACAUUAGGUAUGAUAUUUUACUGAUUUGUGAAAAAGUUGAUUUGUUUCCUUAAUGAUGAACAAAAGACUGUUUAUUAUUACCAAACUGUUGUUUAUGGUCCAACUUCCUGGAUGUAGACUCUUGCUUAUUAAAAUUAGAUAUUUUCCUAA